AUGAUAGACGCAUUGUAUACAUUAAAUAGGAGCGCGACCGGCGGCGGCGAAGGGGGACAAGCACGGACUUGUCCACGACCUACCGCCUAGGUCCGUCUUCCAGCUUA